UGGAAACAGUGCGUAUUGUGAAGAGCGUUACACAAAUGAUGCUUUUCACAAUAUACAGCUUAAAACUAACAAGAUAUUUCAGACGUGAUCCCAGCUAACACACUCACUGCAUUUCAGCUGUGUGAUAUUGAUUAUUUCUGCAAUCAUGCUUUAUGAAUAUUCAUUAGCACUGUUGUGUUCAUAUGAAUUUAGCUCUUGUUUGUCUUUUAGUUUUUUGGGCCUUUUAAACAUGUGUUUUUUUGCAUGCUUUGCACUAUUUUGCGUAAUGUCUUGUGUACAGUAAACGUGUGGUGGGCAUUAUUUUGUCAUUCACUUUAUUUGUGCCGUUACAUCAUUGCAUCUCUGCUAACCGCUGGCUGCUAACUCAUCUGUGUGUGUGCUGUGAUUGGCUGGCGGUGGGUUGGUGGGUGUGGCCUGUCGUGUGCUCCUCCCCCUCGCCCCAGGCAGCUUUUCCUCAGGUUACCCAGCUGACAGAGAGGCCCACCUGCGUGAAGAAGGACUACUCCAACUUCAUGGCGUCGCUCAACCUGCGUAACCGCUACACUGGAGAGGUUGCUGGGAUGCUGCAGUUUGCCGAAGUGACAUGCAGCAAGUCAAACCUCAGCAAGCUGAUGGUUUCUCAAAUGAGUGACGCUCUGGACGCCAAAGACUCGGACGCAUUCACUCAGAACAUGUUCAAGAUGACCGCGCUGCUCAUUAGCACUAAAGGCUGGGAUCUUCAGCUGCUGCAUCACCUCUGCUGGUCUCCUCUGAAGAUGUUCACAGAGCAGGGCAUGGAGACGGCCAUCGCCUGCUGGGAGUGGCUGCUCGCUGCUCGCAACGGAGUUGAAGUCCAGUUCAUGCGUGAGAUGGCGGGCGCCUGGCAGAUGACCGUUGAGCUGAAGAUGGGCUUGUUCUCAGAGACAGAGUCAGAGGCCGAUCCUUUAGCUGCUUCAGAAGAGAGUCAGCCGCUGCCUCGUCCACCCAACGUCACGCCGCAUUCGCUCUGGAUUGAGUUUCUAGUGCAGAGAUUUGAAAUCGCUAAGUACUGCAGUGCGGAUCAGGUGGAGAUCUUCACCGGCGUCCUGCAGAGGGCGCUGUCUCUCAGCGUCGGCGGGCCCAAGAGCUGCCUGAACCGCCACGUAGCUGCUAUAGGACCCCGAUUCAGGCUGCUGACUCUCGGUCUCACUCUUCUUCAUGCGGAUGUGGUCACUAACGCCACAAUCCGUAACGUCCUGAGAGAGAAGAUCUACUCUACCGCCUUUGAUUACUUCAGUGUGGCUCCACGGUUCCCCACGCAGCCGGAGAAACGC